GACUGGUGCAUCCACAUGCCUCCUCGCACAGUUUUCUGCCCGUGCAGUGAAGCAACUCCUGUGUGUCCUGUGCGAGUGGGUGUGUGUGUAUGUGCGUUUCACUCUCUGGAGUCUAGUUGUCCUUUUAACCCCUUAAUCUAUCCUCCAAGGCCAGAGAGCAGGUCCAGGACAAGCCUCAACUAUGGCAGACGCAGCGACCAACUUGCGGCUGAAGUUACCACUGGUGUGCAUCAUCCUGGAGAUCAUCCUCAUCAUCCUGUUUGGCGUCCUGGUGGAGUACAACGUUGACACGGAUGCGAAGCACUGGCAUGAGGAACUCAACAAUGGCUCAAGCAACUAUGACAACGACUUCUACUUUCGCUACCCUAGUUUCCAGGAUGUGCAUGUGAUGAUCUUCAUUGGCUUCGGUUUUCUCAUGACCUUCCUGCAACGUUAUGGCUUCAGCAGUGUGGGCUUCAACUUCCUCAUUGCGGCCUUCGCCCUGCAGUGGGCCACUCUCAUGCAGGGCUUCUUCCAUGGCAUGCACGGGAGCAAGAUCCACAUUGGAGUGGAGAGUAUGAUCAAUGCUGACUUCUGUACCGGAUCGGUGCUCAUCUCGUUCGGGGCGGUGCUGGGCAAGACCAGCCCAGUCCAGCUGCUGGUCAUGGCUAUGUUUGAAGUCACCCUGUUUUCUGUCAAUGAGUUCAUCCUGCUCUCUGUCCUUGGAGCCAAGGAUGCCGGUGGCUCAAUGACCAUCCAUACUUUUGGAGCGUACUUCGGCCUGGUGGUAGCUCGUGUCCUUUACCGUCCCAACCUGUCAAAGAGCCAGCACAAGAAUGGCUCUGUCUACCACUCUGACCUCUUUGCCAUGAUCGGCACCAUCUAUCUGUGGAUGUUCUGGCCCAGUUUCAAUUCUGCCGUCACGGCCCAUGGUGAUGACCAGCACCGCACAGCCAUGAACACCUACUACUCCCUGGCGUCCUGCACCCUGGCCACCUAUGGCUUCUCUGCACUGGUCAGCCACGAGGGCAAGCUCGACAUGGUGCACAUCCAAAAUGCUGCUCUGGCUGGAGGAGUUGCUGUGGGAACGGCCGGUGAGAUGAUGCUCACUCCAUUCGGCUCCAUGAUCGUUGGCUUCCUGGCAGGAACCAUCUCUGUCCUGGGUUUCAAGUACCUCUCGCCCCUCCUGGAGUCGAAGCUGAAGAUUCAGGACACUUGUGGCGUCCACAACCUGCAUGGGAUGCCUGGUGUCCUGGGGGCCAUCGUUGGAGCCAUCACUGCCGCUGUCGCCACCAAGGACGUCUACGGAGACGGUAUGGAGGACGUGUUCCCUGACAUCCACUCUGGUGAAGUGACGGCUGCAUUCCAGGGCAUAAAGCAGGCCAUCUCUCUGGCCGUCACACUGGGAAUGGCCCUCAUUGGUGGACUUGUUGUCGGUUUCAUUCUGAAGCUCCCCAUCUACGGAGCUCCUCCAGACACUAUAUGCUUCGAGGAUGGCAUCUACUGGGAGCUUCCUGGAGAGGAAGGUGCUCACGAGGAGAUGACCGACGUGCGAACGGAAGCAGCGGAUCCAGAAACGCACAAACUCAACAAUUAAAUACACACACAUACAAACCUCAGUGUCAAUAUUCCGUCACUUGAACUCAAAACGCCAUACAUGAUACAAUCAGGGAAAUGGGAAACACAGGAUGCCUGUAAAUGUUUUUCCUAUUGAUGUCAACAAUACUCUUGAGUCAGCUUGUUGUGAGUCACUGAAGCUUGUAGAGUUUAUUUGUAAGUAAAAGUAACCAGACUAAGAUUUUCACCGUUUCUGUUAAGCAGCAUGUUUAAUGCGUCAUCUAGACUGCUCUAGAAUGCUCUUUCUUACUACUGAGGGUUCCUUGCAACCUCUUCUAAGUUGCCAUGAUGCUGGGAAGCUAUAAUGCUAUGCUGUGGCUUUUUGGAAUUGAGUGUGGAUUUUUAUUUUCUUAUUCCUAUCCCUUUCCCCAAAUUGCCUUCGGGCCAUGUUACUUUAUAACCAAAGAAUUGUCCUUAGUAGCCAUCAACUUGUAGGCCUUUGUGAUAAGUAAACAUAAAUAAAACUUCCAAUAAUAGUUGACAUUUUUUGACGUAGAGGUAUAAUAUUUUAUGAUUAAGUGAACCAUGAGACAUAUACAUUUGAUGUUUGAGUAUUACCUCUUCAUGCUGGGUUUGGGAAUGGGAUUCAAAAGUGUUUUCCUUGUAGGUCUUUGUAUUUCUGUAGAGUAUAUGCUACCUAUUUUGAUGUACCUCACUUAUGUACAGUUAUGUGAAUUGUACAGAAAUGCUUAGGCAUGACAUGGGAUUCCAUAGAGAAAUAAAAAACACGUCAUUUAUUACUUUAAAUAAUAAAAGUCACGCUUGAAAACGG